UGGACGAUUUGAUAAAUGACGUCACCAGUUCAUAUAUAUGAAUGAAAAUCCACCUCGACAAACAUAUACAGUAUUCGUUUUAUCUUGUGUACAUAGUUAUGAGAUAAGAAAUCCGGGGACAACGAUACAAUAUCAACCUGGCCAUUUCUGCAUGUGUAUAACUUGUGCUUUUGUGAAAACUACGUAAGUAACGGCUGGAAAGGAUAUUAACACCAUCCUCUCGCUUCCGAAGAUACAGCUGAUAUCAAAAGGAUUACAGUGACCACAAAGGGGACACACGAUGCAGACAAUCUACCUGAAAUGGUAUGUGGUUGGUACGGUCCUCUCGCUUCUCAUCUUCCUGUUGAUUACCAUUCACGUGCACAUGAAGGACAGCAUUGUGACACGAAAAGUUAGUCACUGGAAAUUGCGACCAUUGAGAAAAGAAAACUCAAUUCUAGGUGAUGGUCCUUCUGAGAAUCAGAAACAGGACUAUAUCAAAUCUAAAUUGAUCGAAGUGGCACAAUUGGUACAAACAGCCAAAGUCCAUGUCCGCGGAACAAAGUCUGGUGAUGCUCUGAGGAGUGCUGUGAGUGUUAUAGAUGAUAUGUUGCGUGCCUUUGAUUUAAAUUUUGCAUCAGUGACUCGCCGAGCAGUACAAGAAUCUCAAAGUGUGUGCCCAGAGAUAUACAAAGGAUCUACUUUCGGUUACCCUUUCUUUUACAAUGGAUUCGAACAAGUCAGUUGUGGCCACCGGGUAGCCGAGGAAAAGCUGGUUACUGUGGUAAUACAACUCGAUCAUUUUCAAGUAAAUAAUAUUACUACACUUUUAAACGAUGUUAUUAAAUAUAACAGGAACAUGUCCGUGAUCGUGGGUGUAUACACUGAAGAGUUCGAUCAGUUCCAAAGUAACACGUAUUCUAGAGUUUUGUUCAAAACUUACAAUCGCGCAAAAAGUAAAGGUCACAUAUGGAACAAUCUUAUUGAGCAUGUGCAAACGCCAUACGUUUUGGUCGCUCGCGAUUUAAUCAUGUUUAACAAUGACACCAGGUUACAUCGCCUCAUUCGCGAGAUUGAACGUCUUGAACUUACUUCCGCUGGUGGUGCAUCUCGGGAUUCCAAUGGAUACUGGGAAUUAGGUUGUCUGCAACGAGCCUACAAGAACCACACGCUUGUGUACGAGGGAGGUUAUCAAGAAUCCAUUCACGAGUGUGUAUUUUGUGACCAAGUAGAAAGUGCAUUUGUUAUAAGUAAAACGAUAGUUUCGAAAGUAAAAUUUGAUGAAAGUAUUUCAGGUGAAGGUAUGUGGGAGGAUUUUUUCCUGCGAGCUGGUGGCGAGUCUGUCGUCUGUCCGGAUGCUAUGUUUUAUAUUAAUAGAACGAGUAAGAGCUCCAGAGUGUCAGAUUGGAAAGCAUUCGGAGAGAAAUACGAUCUGAAAAAACUUAAAUUUUUAUCUUCAAAGUUGGAACUGGAUUUUGGUUGUUCGGGAUCGAUUGGUUGUUUUAGGGGAACAGGGUUUUCCGUAACACCGUGCUGUCUGGAAGAGCUGGCAAUUUUAGUGACCUUUAUCAUGAACGCAUGCGCAAAAGCGGGAGUGAUAUGUGAGCUGCAAGAGGGGACAUUACUCGGAGCUGUUAAACUCCAGAAGGUUUUGCCGUGGGAAAGGGACGCUGAUAUUACAUUCCUUACAGCUAAUUAUUCACAAUUUCAAAACAUCAAGAAUAUUUUUGGAAAUGCUGGAUAUUCUUUUCAUGACGGGUCGUCUUUGUGGUGUUGUGUCGACAAUCGAACGGCUGGUGGGAAAUUUAAAAUUUCCAGUAAGCAUUGGCAUGCCGAGUUAUAUGGCCAACACAUUAUGGAUUCUGAGUUACUAAGACGCAAAUCACUGAUGCCCACAAAAUUGUUAUUCCAUGGCGGGUGGGUCAACGUGCCAAGAAACCCGGGACUGCACGUGAGAAAUAGGUACGGACAUGAGGUGUAUGCUCAUUCUCAACACUGGUUAGCGACCGGGAAGUCAUCAGGCUGGAUCAAUUACGAAACUCAGUCAUUUACAAAAUGUCCCAGAACAGGAUCUCACAAUUGUUUAGAUCGCUAUAACAGUGAUGGUAACAUCCAGUUUAUAGAUCCCAUUCCAUAAAUAAGUAAUACAUAACACACAUCCAACCGUAACAAGAUAUGUAAUACAUAACACACAUCCAACCGUAACAAGAUAUGUAAUACAUAACACACAUCCAACCGGUAA